AUGGCCACUGCCGUCCCCGUUCCCAAGCACACCCUCUCCGAGUCUCCCAAUUCACGCACUAUCAAUGUAUCUAACUGGAAAAUCACUGCUACCACAAAUCCAAUCUCGAAUGCCUCAUCUUGUGAUGCUCUACAGGCCAGUCUCGGAUUCCCGCUCCCGGAAAUGACGUUCGGCGAGAAUUCACUCGAACUGGUGUUCGGAGGAAAUGAAGAAACUGGGGAAGGGGGUUGGAAAUACAUUUGGGCUACAGAUGUGGCGUUGAGGGGUGUCAAGAACGGGGAAUUAGUUGACGGGGAUGGAGGCGUGAAGGUUGGGUAUGCGGACAAGUGGCUGCAGAGUCGAACUGGACCAGACUCCCAAAUUCCGAUGCCUGAAACAUCUCCGACAAAACCAUACGACUGGACCUACACCACGAUAUAUUCGGGCCACACUCCUUCGGACUCGAGUAGUACAAAGGUUGAAUGGGUAAAAGGCGACGAGGCCAAUCCCUCUCAUGCUAUUCCCAUCGCUGAGCUUACUCGACCCGACCCUAUCCUUUUCUACGCUGAGAUUCCUCUGUUUGAGGAUGAACUGCACGAUAACGGCGCCUCACAUCUACUCGUCAGAAUCCGUGUAAUGCCAACAUGUAUCUUCAUCCUCUCCCGCUUCAUCCUGCGCGUCGAUAACGUUCUCUUCCGCACGUUCGACACGCGAUUCUAUCACUCUUUCGCCUCAUCGCCACCUCUCGUCGUACGCGAAACAUCAGGCUGGGAAGCUCCUUACGAGCGCGUAAAACGCCAACUCCCAAAACGCGACGACCUAACACCCAUGACCGACCCGAACUUCAUCGGGAAAGUCCUUUCGGGAAUGCCUUCCCAGGUCUCCCAGGUACAAGGCGCUGGAACCGGGUGGAGAGGACUGGGGACGAAAAUCGAGGUUGCGACUCUGUCUUUGCCGGCGAAGUACGGGACGCAAGGCUGA